AUGAACUCUCCUUUUCCUGCCUCCGCCUCUGCUCCCGGAGAUGGAACAAUCACAGUGAAGCGACUGCCAAACGGCCACUCGCACCUCGAGUGCAUCACCUACCAGUACCCGCUCAAACUCAUCUCGCCUCCCCGGAACCACCAGCAAGACAAAUCCGUCCUCGUCUUCCUGCUGUCGUACGGAGGCGGCCUCGUGGGCGGGGACACGGUCAACCUGAAAAUCGUGGUGCAGUGCGAUGCGCGGCUCAGCAUCGUCACACAGGGCCACACCAAGAUCUUCAAGUCGGCCACUCCAGACAUCGUCACCCGCCAGACCCUCAACGUCAGCAUCGAGGACGGCGCGGCCUUGUGCCUACUGCCAGACCCAGUCCAGCCCUUCGCCGAGAGCGUCUACGAGCAGACGCAGGUCUUCCGGCUCAGGGGCCCCGGGGCGUCGCUGUUCCUGCUGGACUGGGUCACGCAGGGCCGCAGCGCACGCGGCGAGGAUUGGGACCUGAUCAGGUGGUUCGGCCGCAACGAGGUGUGGUGGUCGUCCGCCGCUGCCACAAAGGGCCAGGGAAGCGGCAGCGGCAGGCUCCUCGUGCGCGACGCCGUCAAGCUCGACGGCAGGGCCUCCCCCUCUGCCGCGGCCAAGGACCUCAGGGCCACGAUGCACGGGCUGGGCAUAUUCGGCACCCUCAUUCUGCGGGGGCCGCUGACCAAAUCCCUCGGAGAGUUCUUCGUGGCCGAGUUCGCGGCCCUCCCUCGCAUCGGGGCGCGCGACUGGAGGACCGAGGACGCCAAGCAGCCCUCCGAGGACGAGGCGGCCAGGGACCCCCACGUUGUGUGGCGCGAAGAGAGGCUGGAGAUGGAGAAGCGGGAGAAGGUGCUCUGGUCGGCUGCUGGCGUGAGGGGGUGCGUGGUCGUCAAGUUUGGGGCUGCCACCGUCGAGGCCGGCAGGAUGUGGAUCGGGUCCAUGCUCGUGAAGGAGGGCAGUGUUGAGGAGCAAUUUGGGGACCAGGCGUUGAUGUGUGUGCGAUGA